UUUUUUUAUCAGAAUCCCGUCUCAUUAUUAUUAUUUGGCUUGAAAAGCUCAUGAGAAAAGGCUAAGAAAGAUAGGAUAGACUCAUAGAGUCGGUCAAGACUUCAUGCAUGUUAUUAUAGCAGGGUAUGGGAAGAACCAGAUAGUAAAAGUUUUUUUUUUUUUUUUUUGUUAAAAAAUAGUUCAUCUUUUUGGUACACGCUGCUCCAGAAAGUUGGAGGGAUGGGAUGGGAGACAGAUUUUGUAAAGUGUAUUACAGAAAGUUUGUUUACUGUUUGAUAAAGUGAUUGAGUGAGUGGUUUCUUCCAGUAGUUUCUCAUUGGAGGAAGUAGAAGAGUUGAUUGCUUUUUUGAAUUUUAGAAGAAGGUGCAGUUUCAGUAGCAAGAUUCAAGCUUGGCUUUUUCCCCUUCUGUCUCUUGUUUUCGUGAUUGCAAUUGCUACUUAUACAGAUUACAUUGUCUCAAGACUGCAUCUUUUCUUUGAGCAUAUUGGAGUGAAAAGGAAAAGAAGAGGAAGAUGGGAAAAGCUACAAGAUGGUUGAGGGGAUUGUUGAGAAUGAAGAAGGACAAGGAAAAUGUAGAGAAUUCUUCAAAUUGUAGUGAAAAGAAGGAGAAGAAAAGAUGGAGUUUUGCAAAAUCCGGCAAGGAUUCUGGGAUUGGGGGUGGUCAGAGGCCGGUGAGCAUUCCGGUUAGUGAUUCAGCUUGGCUUAGAUCUUACAUUUCUCAGACGGAGAAGGAGCAGAGCAAGCAUGCCAUUGCUGUUGCUGCUGCCACUGCAGCAGCUGCUGAUGCUGCAGUAGCCGCAGCUCAGGCUGCCGUUGCUGUUGUGAGACUUACCAGCCAGGGCAGAGGAGCUAUGUUCAAUGGAGGAAGUAGGGAGAAGUGGGCUGCUAUCAAGAUUCAGAAUGUCUUCAGAGGUUACUUGGCGCGAAAAGCUCUGAGAGCUCUGAAAGGACUGGUAAAACUACAGGCUCUGGUCAGAGGUUACCUUGUUCGAAAGAGAGCCGCAGCAACUCUACAUAGUAUGCAAGCUCUAAUUAGAGCUCAGGCAGCUGUCCGCUCCCAGAGGGCUCGUCGCUCUACCAAUAGUGAUUACAGAUACCCACCGGAAAUGAGAGCUAGGAGAUCCAUUGAAAGAUUUGACGAGUGCAGAAGUGAAUUUCACAGCAAGAGACUGUCAGCUUCAUAUGAUGCUUCGCUCUCUGGAUUUGAUGACAGCCCAAAAAUAGUCGAAAUCGAUACGAUCAAGCCAAGAUCAAGGUCUCGCAGAAUCACUACUACUUGCAUGUCUGAUUCUGGUGAUGAUCAGCAUUACCAGGCUAUGUCAUCGCCUCUUCCUUGUCCAGUUCCAGCUCGCUUAUCGAUCCCUGAUUGCCACCACUUUCAAGACUACGAUUGGAGCUUCUUAGGCGAUGAAUGCCGGUUCGCCACUGCUCAGAGCACCCCCAGGUUUAUGAACUCCGGUCGUUCCAAUGUCCCUGUAACGCCAUCCAAGAGCGUCUGUGGUGAUAGCUUUUUUAGGCCAUACUCCAACCAUCCAAACUAUAUGGCAAAUACACAAUCAUUCAGAGCAAAGUUGAGGUCUUACAGUGCUCCAAAGCAAAGACCAGAGCCAGGGCCAAAAAAGCGGCUUUCGCUGAAUGAAAUUAUGGCAUCAAGAACUAGCUUCACUGGCAUUAGAAUGCAGAGAACCUGUGCCCAAGUUGAAGAAGAUUUGAAUUUCUGAUUCCUUUCCAUCUUAUUCAAGCUGAUGAAUCUUGGGAUGUCAGAGUUUCAUGUGUUGCAACGGGUAACGAGUUUUUGAAUAGAGAAGAGGAACUAACCAACAUUAACUUCUCUAUGCUUUGAUUUUCCUUAGCAAUACUACUAGCUUAGAACAGAGAGCGCUGGUGUAAAUUAAUCGAUAGAGUUUGACUCAACUCAACUCAACGAUGGAUGAUGCUUCAUGAAUGAGAAAUCAAUUAAGUUAGCUAUCUCCGUCCCUUGUCA